AUGGGCUGCGCGGCUCUCGGGCGGCUCCAGCUGCUGUUCCAGCUGCUCGCCGGGCUCAGCCUCCGCCCGCCGGCCGCUGGGCUGCUCGUGACCGACUACUUCACCCGGACGCCCCGCAAGCUGAAUGCCUUCCGCUCCUUCACCAGCCUGGAGCUCUUCCAUUUCCGCAUCCCGGAGGACACGGCGGCGGCCGUCUGGAAUCUGGUCACCUUCAAAGAGCAGGGCGGCAGCCUGGGGGACCGAUGCCCGGACCGGAGCAUCACCGUGUAUUUCCGCUCAGGAGCGCCACCAGUCAUUAACCCGCUGGGCAUGCACUUCCCCAGGGACACAGCUGUGCCCGGCUCCUUUGCCCUCACGCUCACCUGGACGCUGCCCAACCGCACCACAGGGGUCUUCAACAUCACCAGCCCCCUGCCCGGGGACUGGUUCCUGGCUGCCCACCUGCCCAAAGAGCAGGGCAAGAUCUCUGUCAAGGGACUUGCAGAGGACUGCCAGUAUCUCUUCCAGCCGCAGCUCAUCGUCCAGCGCCUGGUGGGAAUUGGGGUGCUGCACCCAGGCUAUGAGACGGACCACGUCCUCCCACCCCACAACAGGUCCCUGCUCUACAAGGUCUUCGUGCCUAGCUACACCUCCAGGGUGCUCGUGCAGUUGCGCAACUGCCACAGGGGCAACCAGAGUGCGCCCGGCUGCCCGCUGGGGCUGAGAGUGCGUGGCAAGGCCCCCCCUCUGCACAACUCCACAGCCGUGGACUGCCGAGAGCAGCUGCCCUGCCGCCUCGUGCUGGAGCGCCCCUUCUGGCAAAACUGGUACUUCGUCCUGGUGGAGAAGCUUCUGCCGCUGCCUGACCGGAUCAGCUUCCAGCUGGGGGUGCAGUUGAAGGACUGCUCCCGGAUUGGCCUGGGGGAAGCCCAGCUACCUGCCUCCCACCUGAACAUGCCUCACUCCUUCGGCUCCCCAGGAGGGCUGGCCCUGGCAGACCUCCUCUCCCCCUCCCUCCCCAGCGGUUUCCAGCCCCCGGCCACCCCCACGUCCCCCAGGCCUCCCAGAGGAGGGGAGCACUGCUGGCCCACCCGGCCCACUCUGCGCAACGAGCUGGACACCUUCUCGGUGCACUUCUACAUCUUCUUUGGGCCCAACGUCUCGGUGCCCCCUGACCGGCCAGCCGUCUUUGCCAUCAACCUCCUGCCCGUGCUGGACAGCGGAGGGAUCCUCAACCUGGAGCUGAAGCUGAACGUGUCCUCUCUGCGUGGGGAGAACGCCUCCAUCUUUGCCUGUUUGAACCACGAGGUGCCUUUGGCCUCAGAAGGGGACUCCUCGAUCACCUGCCAGACAGAGCUGCUGGCUGGGUUCCUGCUGUCCAUCAACGCCGCCUCCCCCUUCGCCCGAGUGCGGAUUCCCUACCCGCAGACGGGGAGCUGGUACCUGAGUCUGCGCUCGCUCUGCACCAUGGACCGAAGGCCCUCGUCCUGUGGGAACGUGACUGCCGAGGUGUACCUGCGCGCCUUCCUCUCCCCCUGCAUCAAUGACUGCGGCCCCUACGGCCAGUGCAAGCUUCUGCGCUCCAACAACUACCUAUACGCGGCCUGUGAGUGCAAAGCAGGCUGGAGCGGCUGGGGCUGCACCGACAAUGCAGCCGCCUUCUCCUACGGCUUCCAGCUGCUCUCCACCCUCCUCCUGUGCCUGAGCAACCUCAUGUUCGUCCCGCCAGUGGCCAUUGCGGUGCGGACCGGCUACCUGCUGGAGGCAGCCGUCUACAUCUUCACCAUGUUCUUCUCCACGUUCUACCACGCGUGUGACCAGCCGGGCAUCGUGGUUUUCUGCAUCAUGGACUACGACGUGCUGCAGUUCUGCGACUUCUUGGGCUCCCUCAUGUCUGUCUGGGUCACCGUCAUCGCCAUGGCCUGCCUACAGCCCGUCAUCAAACAGGUGCUGUACCUGCUGGGAGCCAUGCUGCUCUCCAUGGCCCUGCAGCUGGACCGGCACGGCCUCUGGAACCUGCUGGGGCCCAGCCUCUUUGCCGUGGGCGUCAUGGCCGCUGCUUGGACGGUGCGCAGCAUCCGCCGGCGGCAUUGCUACCCGCCCACCUGGCAGCGCUGGACCUUCUGCCUCCUGCCUGGGGCCCUGAUCGCCGCCUCGGCCGUGCUGCUCUACGCAUUUGUGGAGACGGAGGAGAACUACUUCUACAUCCACAGCAUCUGGCACAUGCUGAUUGCUGGCAGCGUGGGCUUCUUGCUGCCACCCCAGCCCAAGGCAGAGGCGUCCGGGCUGGCGGGGCCCCUGCCUCGCCGGAAGGGCUGCGGCUACCAGCUGUGCAUCAAUGAGCAGGAGGAGUUGGGCCUGGUGGAUCCCGGCACGGCUGGCCCUGGCGUCUCCAUCACCAGCGUCUGCACCAGCUGAU